GACCUUCCCAGGGCUGUCCCCAGGUCCUCAGUAGCCCAGGUGAGCUGUCUACUGCUGUCUCCACCUUCUCGGAUGCACCUGGACAUGGAGCCUGUGUCUCCCAGGCUGAGAGCCUUCCUUUCGGAGCCCAUGGGAGAAAAGGACGUCUGCUGGGUAGACGGCAUCAGCCAGGAGCUGGCCAUCAAUCUGGUCACCAAAGGCUUCAGCAAGGCCUACAUCCUGUUGGGACAGUUCCUCCUGAUGCACAAGAAUGAGGAGGAAUUCCGGAAGUGGCUCAUCUGCUGCUUCGGGGCCACCGAGUGUGAGGCGCAGAGGAGCGCCACCUGUCUGAAGGAGUGGUGCACCUGCUUCCUGUAGACACGCCCACCGCUCCCUGGCGAA